UCGAUAAAUGUUUAUCUAUAUUUUAUUUGCGCAUAUGACGUGACUUUUCGCUCAUUCUACACAAGUGGUCCCGAGUAGCGUCAUAUUGUGCAAGCCAGCGACGUAGGAUAAACUGUCAAGUGUGUUAAAUUGUCACUGUGUUUUUCGAUAAAUUUUUCAAAGAGAAAGCACAACCUACCUAAAAAUGAAGACGCGAUUUAACACUUACGAUCUCGUAUGUUCAGUUACUGAACUACAAAGGCUUAUUGGCAUGCGUGUCAAUCAAAUAUACGAUAUAGAUCACCGUACGUAUCUCAUACGUCUUCAGCGGAGCGAGGAAAAAUGCGUUCUUUUGCUCGAAUCUGGUAACAGAAUCCACACGACAGGUUUUGAGUGGCCGAAGAAUGUGGCUCCUUCAGGUUUCUCCAUGAAGAUGCGCAAACAUCUUAAAAAUAAAAGAUUAGAGAGUCUUAUGCAAGUUGGUACGGAUCGGAUAAUAAAGUUACAAUUUGGAAGUGGUGAAGCUGCCUACCACGUAAUUUUAGAAGUGUACGAUCGUGGUAAUAUAAUCCUCACUGAUUAUGAAAUGGUAAUUUUAUAUGUGCUAAGGCCUCAUACAGAAGGAGAUAAGAUUAGAAUUGCAGUGAAAGAGAAAUAUCCCUUAGAUAAAGCUCAUUCCACGACUAUGCCACCUAUAGAUGUAAUACAUGAGCAUAUUGAGAAAGCUAAGGCGGGAGAUAGUCUUAAAAAAGUGUUAAAUCCACUAUUAGAAUUUGGCGCAGCUGUGAUCGAUCAUGUUUUGCUUAAAGCCGGAUUUAAUCUUGGUUGCAAAAUCGGCAAGGAUUUUAAUAUCACUGAAGAUAUGCCAAAAUUAAUCCUAGCGCUCGAGGAGGCAAAUAACAUGAUGGAUCAUGCAAAGAACAAUAUCUCAAAAGGCUAUGUUAUACAGAAAAAAGAAUCGAAACUGACUCCAGAUGGCAAGGAAGAUUUUAUAUUCACUAACAUUGAAUUUCAUCCUUUCUUGUUCGAGCAAUAUAAUAAGCAACCAUACAAGGAGUUUGAUUCUUUUGACGUCGCAGUGGAUGAAUAUUUCUCUACGAUGGAAGGACAAAAGAUAGAUUUGAAGGCUUUGCAACAGGAAAGAGAAGCUCUGCAAAAAUUAGAAAGAGUAAGAAAGGAUCAUAGUCAGAGACUGAUUACGUUGGAAAAGACGCAGGAGGUAGAUAAACAAAAAGCAGAGUUGAUCUCAAGGAAUCAGGCUUUAGUGGAUAACGCUAUAUUAGCCAUACAAAGCGCCUUGGCAAAUCAGAUGUCUUGGCCGGACAUUCAAAUUUUAUUGAAAGAAGCUCAAGCCAGUGGUGACCCGGUCGCUUCUGCUAUAAAACAAUUAAAAUUAGAAACAAAUCAUAUUGCUCUGCUAUUGCACGAUCCUUAUGAAGACAGUGACGAGGAAUCUGAGCUCAAACCUAUGAUGAUUGAUAUAGAUUUGGCUCAUUCAGCAUUCAGUAAUGCCAAAAAGUACUACAGUCAAAAGAAAACAGCUGCAAAGAAGCAACAAAAAACGAUAGAAUCCCAUGGAAAAGCUUUGAAGUCGGCGGAAAAGAAGACAAAGCAAACAUUGAAAGAAGUGCAAACCAUACAUACCAUUAAUAAAUUAAGAAAGACAUAUUGGUUUGAAAAAUUUUAUUGGUUUAUUACGUCUGAAAAUUACUUAGUGAUUGGAGGGAGAGAUCAACAGCAGAACGAGUUGAUAGUGAAAAGAUAUCUAAAGGCGGGAGAUUUAUAUGUUCACGCAGAUUUAACUGGUGCUAGUUCUGUCGUAAUAAAAAAUCCCAGUGGCAAUCCUGUACCGCCAAAAUCGUUAGCAGAGGCAGGUACAAUGGCUGUUGCAUACAGCAUAGCAUGGGAUUCGAAAGUAAUAGCUAGUGCAUGGUGGGUGCAUCAUGAUCAAGUAUCCAAGAGUGCGCCUACCGGAGAAUAUCUUACUACCGGAUCCUUCAUGAUACGUGGAAAAAAGAAUUAUUUGACGCAAAGUCAAUUAAUUAUGGGAUUGGCUAUCAUGUUUCGCCUGGAGGACAGUUCCAUAGAACGACACAAGGAUGAGAGAAGGGUGAAAACAGUAGACGAGGAAAGCGAAAAAGCGGAUUCGGUAGUUGAAGAUGACAAGGAAAUAGAGUUAGAAGGUGAUUCGGACGAAGAUGAAAAUCUAGAAAAUAGAGAUACAUUAAAUCCAAUUCAAGAAGAGGACCAGGAAAAAGAUGGGGAAUCAGAAUCCCACACAACAGAUAAUGCUGAGAAAGAUGCAUGUGAACAAGAUGAAGAAGACACGAAAUAUAAAUUUCCUGAUACACAAAUUAAAAUUGAUCUUUCAGGCCCAAAGGUAAAAUUACACGUUGACAAUAAUCAGCCCUUGAUACAAUCUCAAAAGGACACGAAAGAAAACGUAGUUUAUUUAGGGGAUGAUAAGCCUGUUAUAAUAAAUGCAUCGACUAUGGAGAAAAAUGCAAAGGCGAAACAAAAAGUACAUCGAACAGAAUCAAUAGAAUCAACGGAAAAGAUUGAAAAGAAUGAUAAAAAUGAAAGUGAUAACAAAAAAGGAGAGCAACCUGCAUUAAAACGAGGACAAAAGGGGAAACUAAAGAAAAUAAAAGAAAAAUAUAAAGAUCAGGAUGAGGAAGAUAGACGACUUUCAAUGCUCGUCUUGCAGUCGGCAGGCGCAGCUAAAGAAGAUAAAAGAAAAAAUAGGGCUAAAGAUCCAUCAGGUCCGAAGCAACAAGGAAAGAAAAAGACAAAUCCAAAACCAAAUAUUCCACCGCAAUCUAUGUAUGUGGUAGAUAACGUUGACGACGAAGACGCAGGUCCAGUUCCUGAAGUUGAUAUGCUCGAUCAAUUAACAGGAAAGCCGUUUUCAGAAGACGAGUUACUGUUUGCUGUUCCUGUGGUGGCGCCUUAUAAUACCUUACAAAAUUACAAAUUUAAGGUGAAAUUGACACCUGGCAUUGGUAAGAGAGGCAAAGCUGCCAAAACAGCUAUAGCCGUAUUUCUUAGAGACAAAGAAAUUUCUUCACGUGAAAAAGAUCUACUAAAGGCAAUUAAGGAUGAGACAAUAGCCAGAAAUAUACCUGGAAAAGUGAAAAUAAGCGCCCCUCAGAUUCAAAAGCUAAAAAAAUAAAUGUUUGAAGAGUGCUAAUUUUAAAUUCAAAUAAAUGAUUUUUAAUUAUUGGCAACACAAAUUU